AUGACGGAAAGAGACAUAUUCAAGAAGUGUUUAGAUAUUUUAUAGAACAAGAGUAAGUAAGAUGAGUUACUAGACUAUGGAGAAAAGGAAUCGAUUUUAGAUGGAAUAAAAUCAAAUUUGCAGUUCUGCAUUUAAUACGAGGACUAACUUAAGCAAUUAGGAAUUGAAGUUCCUAAGAACAAAGUUAGUAGGAAUAAUCCUAGUCGAUAGAGCUAAAUAAACACAUUUCAUGAUUCAAUCGGAAAUAGCAUGGUUUAGGCUAGUCAUAACACAGGCUCUCUUGUUAAUAACAUUACAACUUCAGAAAACACAUAUGAUAGAAAUAGCAUGUAUUCCUUGAAAUCUCUAAUGGAAAACUUUAGGAAGCUUGUUAAAUAAUGUGUUGAAGUUUUUCCAAUAGAUACUCUACCAGAAGACUUUAUGGCUGCACCUAAAAAGGAAAUGGAGAGUUGGAAACUAGACAAAGUCAGAAUAGUGCUUAGAAAUUUUAAUGAGCCUCUUUUAAAUCUUCAUUUUUUCAACCCCUACCUCAAAUCUAAUGCAACAUUGUUUACCUAUAGAUAUAUUCUAACUAUCUUCGACUAUAUGACUGAAGAGGAGAAUAAUAGAUUCAUAAGUAAAGUGAUUGAAUAUCUUGCUGAAUAUAAGAUAAAGUUAUUCGAGCAGAUGGAGGAUGAGAUAGAGCUAUGCCAAAAAAUCCUUCCUAUGUUUCAUAUUCUAAAAUAUGCUUUUAGCCAUUUGUAGUUUACAGACAAGGAUAAAAUGAAAGCUUUGGCUUAAGAGUGCCACGAACUAACAAUGAUGCCACUACCUUAUGGAAUAAUACCCCAUGAACUAAUAGAAAUCAUAGAUAAAGAGAGAAUUAUUCCUGGAAUCACUAAAAUAAUGAAUUUAGCAAAGGACUUUCCUUAUGUAGAUCACCAUAGUAUAAACAAGGAAAAAGACGAUAUAGACAUCUUUCAUCAAAGAGCCUAUAUCUUUUCAGAUAAUAAAUAAGAAUAGACAAAUCCGAUGCUCAAGUACAUUAGUUAUUUUUCUAGCGUAAAAGAAUAACUCCUAAAGUUCAAUCAUCUUCAUGAUAUGAGAUAUACUUUUGUGAUUGAGUUAUUUGGUUCAUACAAUUUAUUGGGGAAAUCUUCCACGAGUGCAGUGAGUUUAGAGGAGCACUUAUCAGGAUUGUUGACUUCUAAUGUUUGGAAUGUUUAUAAACAGCUCUAAUAAGACAUCAUGGAAAAAUCAAAUGAACUUCCAUAUAAUGAGUUUGAUCGUACCUUUAGAAAGCUUGUUAUGGAGCCUUUAGCUGAUUAUGUCCUAAAUAAAACUAUGAUAAAAAAAGGCCUUGUAAACAAGAAAUUGAAGCAUUAUCCAAAGUUUAAGUUAAUUUUUGGAUCUCAAAGUCCAGAGUCAACUCAAAGCAUCGCUUAAUUUAUCUCAAAACAGCAAGAAGAUAAAGGAUUUAUGCCACCUAUUAGAUUAGUUGUUGUUGGAAAUGAUGAGAGUUUUCAUUCCUUUGUUUAAUCGUUGAUUAAGGAAUACAUCUCCAAAAACUCAAACUUUUACAAGCAUGAUGUGAGAGUGUUUCUUAUUCCAUUUAAAGUUAACACCUUAGCUCAUUAUAUUGCAAUGCAUGAUGACCUCUACUGUAAUAAUAUUUAUCUGGCUUAGACUUAAAAUCCAUUUAUCACUGCAACCUUAAAGAAAAAUAUGAGCAUAGAUUAAUAUUUACAAAGCAUGAGUUAAUAAUUUUCACUAGAUGAAUAGACUAAGCUAAUGAACUUAAAUGAUUAAAUACUUCAGGACUUCCUACGGGAUGCAACUCGUACCUUCAAUGUGAAAGUUUUUGUCUGUGAAUUUUUCAGAGAUAAGCAGGCUGAAAAACCUUAUAAAUCUGUAUAUUUCACAAACAGAUUCGAGUAUGGUCACAGUUCAGUCUAUACCAAACUCAAAGCUAUAAAUGAUGUGCUUUAGGCUUCUAACUAAGCUUAACUAAUUGAAGCAGAGUCCAAGCUAGAGUAGUUAUUAAAGGAAAAUGAGAACAAUCCAAUAUUUUAACAUUUUGAUUAAAGUGUAAGAGUAGAACUCCAAGUUAAGAGAAUGGACUAUACAGGGAAAGAAUACUCUAGCGAUGUAUAAAUUGAACCUUUAGAUUGUAAUGUUGCCUAUCUCAAACUUAUAAACACUCCAACCAUGUUUGAUAUCGGAUGUGUUUAAGCUGACCCUAGUACUGAUUUUCUAACAUUAAAUAUGGUUGAUGACAAAACUUUCAAGAUUGAGAAUUAGGAUUUCUUAAAUACGAAUCAAAAGCUUAAGAAAUCCAAAAUAAAAAAAUUCAGAGGGGCAAUCCAAGCCAUUCAUACAAAUCUGUUCGUCAGCGAAGUAACUAUCAUUCCUCAGUAUGUUGUAAAAGAAUAAAUAAAAGGUGAUUAAAAGCCAACCCAACAGACAAGUGUUAAGAGAGAGGAACGGAAAAGUAGUUAGGGCAGGCCUAAUUCAAAUAAAGAAAAUGCAAGAAUAUCUGGAAUGCUUAAUGACAACAGUCUAAAGUUGGAAAAUAUCCCACUUGUUAUAGAUGGCCAAAAAUAUGAGGAAAGUGCUAAGAAAUUUAUCAUUAAAAGAUAUAAAAAGGACAAUAUUCAUGUCAGUAUACCAUUGGCAACUUUUUUACCAUUAAGAAUUGAUGAUAUUUUCAACUAGUUUGUCUGA